GGUGACCUUGCGGCUUUCCAUUCGUGACUUCCCUUCUACAACAAUUGCUUCAUUUCGCGUUUUGCUUUUCUUAGUCGAUAUUCUAAUAGAUGGAUCAUUACACUUAGGCAUUUUCACUAUACCUAAGAUCAAUUCUAAUAAACUACAUAUUAUACUCUUUACCUUGGGUGCCUACCUAGCCAACAUGCCGCCAAGACACCAGACGCUACCACCGGCCCAGACCUCCUCGGCGCGCGCCGCCCUACAGUCAUUCUACUGCGACCUCUGCUCGAAAGGCUAUUCGCGAAUGAACGACUACGAGGCCCACUUGGGCAGCUACGACCACAGCCACCGCCAGCGCAUGAAGGACAUGAAGCAAAUGGUCAAGGACCCCACGGCAGGAGCACGAGCUAGGAAAGCCGAAGCCAAAGCGGACGGUCUUAUCAGCAUCAAGCUCGGCGGUGAUUCGAAUCCUACCAGCACGGGCGGCGGCGGCGGCGGGUUCAAAAGGGGAGGUUUCAAGAAGUCGGGCUUCAAGAGUGCCUUCACACCGAUCGGCGGAUCCGCGGAUGACGAAACUACCACGACGAAAGAAGCUGGCACCGAUAACUAUAGCAAGGGAGAAAAGACCAUACCAAGGGAUCUAGAUGCCGAAAGCGACACGGAAGACGAGGGAUAUGAAGUCUAUAAUCCACGGUUUCCAACAGAUUAAACUGAGACUUUUCAGCAAAUGACACUUUUACACAGCGUCGCGGUAUAUGUACAGCUGCGACGCGUAAAAUCACUGGAUUUUGUAGAGCCUAGCCCAAUUUACGUAGGAGGCGGUAGCAUGCCGCGUUAUGUUAAUGACCGCGAUUAAAUUGCAUAUUCGGCUAGCAGACCUGAAGUGCGAAAACUUCCAGGUAGGUAGGUAGGUUUAUUCAUAGCUACGACUUCGUUGGCAUUCAGUGCAUCGGGAUUCGGGAUACCAAAUAGGUGCGGUAUCAAUCAACGGCGAAUCCCAAGUUCAAAACACAGCAAAAUGCCACACCAAUUAUAACUGCAAGGGGAAACGUUUCGAAAUAUCUACGUCGAUAAUUUGUGAUAGUCAAUAUUAAAGAAGCUCCUAAUUCAGUUCCGAGCCAGCUUUGGCUUUGCAUGCGCUAUCCAACGCUGACAACAUUCCUUCCUCGCCUCGUUCCUCCAGGGACCGACGGUGACGAAAAAAAGAUAAAAUCUCGAAGGAGGUAGGGUUCCAAAAAUUCCCAUCCCGGCCGAAGCCAAAAUGGAGUGGUCAUUGUAUAGUUUUCAACUAGCAAAAACACGCACUCGGAUUGCUCCUCACUGUGACGCGUAAAGCCCGU